AUGGAUUCGCUACCCGUAAGCAACAAGACAGUCGGUGAACCAGAGAGUGUGACCAACAAGACACUUGAGACUGGAGCCGGAGCUGUGCAGAACUUCGCGCCUGUCAAAAGGAUCUGCGCUCAUCUGAAUGCCUUCCACGCCUACGCCCACGAGCCCAAACGUGACGCCGUAGAGGCGAACCACUACUGCGCACAUCUCAAUGACGAUGUGCGACAAUGCAUCCUCUACGACUCGCCAGAACAGCCAGCUCGCAUCAUCGGCAUCGAGUACAUGAUAACCCCCAAGCUCUACAACACACUGGACGCCACAGAGCAGAAACUCUGGCACUCGCACGUCUUUGAAGUGAAAUCCGGAAUGCUAAUCAUGCCCAAGCCGUCCGCGAUUCCAGAAGCCGUGUGGGAAGUCGCCGAAAACAAAGAGAUGGAAGAAGUCGUCCAUUUGUACGGUAACGGUUUACCAUCUCUGGCAGACGGACCGGGGUGA